AGUGGGCGAGGAAGGGAGAGUCCGAGCUGGUGUGAAACGGCAAGAUGUCGGAGAGAAAAGUGUUAAAUAAAUACUACCCUCCAGACUUCGAUCCAUCGAAGAUCCCCAAGCUUAAACUUCCAAAGGACAGGCAGUAUGUGGUGCGGCUUAUGGCUCCCUUUAACAUGAGGUGCAAGACGUGUGGCGAGUACAUCUACAAGGGCAAGAAGUUUAAUGCCCGGAAGGAGACGGUUCAGAGUGAAUCCUACCUGGGACUCCCCAUCUUCCGGUUUUACAUCAAAUGCACCCGCUGCCUUGCAGAAAUCACCUUCAAGACGGACCCCGAAAACACCGACUACGCCAUGGAGCACGGGGCCACGCGGAACUUCCAAGCGGAAAAGCUUCUAGAGGAGGAGGAAGAGAAGCGGGUGCAGAAGGAGAGAGAAGAUGAAGAGCUCAACAACCCGAUGAAGGUUCUGGAGAACAGAACCAAAGACUCCAAGCUGGAAAUGGAGGUUCUGGAGAACUUGCAGGAGCUGAAGGAGCUGAACCAGCGCCAGGCCCGCGUGGACUUUGAAUCCAUGUUGCAGCAGUACAAGGAUUACGAGGAGCAGAAGCGGCGGGCAGUGGAAGAGGACGAGCAGGAGAUGAAAGCUAUGCUGGAGCAAGCUCAGGCGAGGCGGCUGUUGGAAGACUCUGAUUCCGACGAAGAAUCCGUUCGGCCUCCUGCAAAGUCGCUGCCUAAAGCCAAGCCUACAGACUUCCUGCCGGAGGACUCGGAGCCCCAGGCCAAGAAGCCGAAGGUGGAAUCCUGGGAAAGGAGCAUCGGCAAACUGUCCAGCAAGGCGGAGCUCUCUGGGCUGGUGGCGACGAAGAAGAAGCCGAAUCACAGUACCCCGAACGGAGCUGGGGCUCAGAAUGGGCCGAGGGGCUCAGGUGUUAGUCACGCCUCACAGCCUUCAGGGUCAAGACUGCCGGGCACUUCGUCGCUUAGCCUCUUGGGCGCCUACUCGGACAGCGAGGACAGUAAGAGUGAUUGGCUGUCCCCACCUCAGAAGCGAAAAGGCUGAGCCCAUGGCCCCAACUUUGCCCCUUUGUGGUAAAUGGAUCCCUUUGUGGUACCGUCCCUUUGUGGUAAAUGGAUUUAGUCGCAGACGGCGAGGGGAGAAAUAGAGAAUAUCUGGCCAUCGGCACGGGGCACGUUGGGUUUUUGCCUUUCACCGGUGCUGCUGCAAAAAUGACCUCGCAAUCAUUUUCCUAACUGAUCACCUCCUAAGGCAACUUCGGUGCCGUUCACCAGUGGGUACCUUCUGUUCUGCCUGUUCCAUCAGUUGUGUUGAUGCUGGCAAACCGCAGAAGCAGAAAAUGCACCUUUGAACUGAUCAUUCGGUCCACCCAGAUCAGGAAGGGUGGGUUGGAGGGAGGGAGAUGGAAAGAGAGUGUGUUUCGGGAACAGCUGUCUGUCUGCACAUGGGAGUUUGAUGUUUUUGCCACCCUAUCUUUCUCCCCUCUGUAUUGGAUGGGUGAAUUUUAACAUUCAAGUAAAUAAACCGAUAGACU